CAUUUCCUCCGCAGACGCCCACGGCGCGCGAGCAGCCUAUCACGACGCGGCACACGUGACGAGCGUUCUGGGCGAUGACCUCAUCUCUGGAGUGGGAUGACGUCAAAUACAAGAUGGAUGGAAUCACGACUGCCGCACAGUCGACGCAACUCUGAGAUAAAGUCGCGCAGCGGGCUUUCGCGGGGCUCGAACACGUCGCUCGGGGGUAGAGAUGGAGAGCCUGGUUCACUAUAGCAGCCCCAGCCACGCCUUGUCCGUCCUGGGCCUCCUGAACGAGCAGCGUCUGCAUGGCCACCUCUGCGACGUGGUGCUGGUGGUAGGAGAACACCACUACCAGGCGCACCGCAGCGUCCUGGCGGCCAGCAGCGAGUACUUCCAUUCUCUGUUCGCCCGGAAGGACGCGGAGAGCCACGCGGUGGUGCAGCUGGACUUCUGCGAGCCGGACGCCUUCGAGAUUGUGCUGAACUACAUCUACUCCUCCUCGCUGUUCGUAGACAAGAGCAGCCUGGCUGUGGUACAGGAGCUGGGAUACAGCCUGGGCAUCCCUUACCUGACCAGCAUCAUGUCCGUGAGGCCUCAGGUGUCGUACUGCGUGUCCAGGAAGAAGCUGUGCUUCUCUGAGGAGGACGACGGCCCUCGCCAGAAGAGGAGCGUCAUAGUCCGGCAGGGAGGAGCGGGAGACGCUCACAGAGGGCGCACCGGGCUGCAACGCAUACCCAAACAUGCAGCUUCGACCUCGGCCGAGUCCCUGCCUUCCCCGGCUUCCCGGGACCAGCCUUGCUCUCCGGGCCACGGCAACACGGGGACGCACGCUCCGUCCGUCAGCAGAAACGCGGACAGUCCGCCGCAGGAUGUCGACCGCAAACCCGUGGUCUCCUUACUGCCGUCCAUACUGAAGAGCCAUGCGGAGCCCAGGCCGUCCUCCGGGAGGCUGCAGCUGACCUCCUCUGUGUCGUUCAGCGAAUCCGGACAGAGUGAAGGCCUGCACUCCGAGCAGAGCGACGAGUCUGUGUCAGAGGAGAAGGUGGACUGCCAGCCUGAUUCGAAGCCAGUCCCUGGAGGCCCGCACAAACAAAACAAACAAACUAUAGACAGGAGUGGGCCGCUCAUUAAAAGCCUGCUUCGAAGGUCCCUGUCCAUGGACAGUCCGCUCCCUGCCUUCUCACCUGUCUUGGAGCUGAGGGACUCGCACGGCAGAGAACAGUCGGUCGUAAAACUCGCAGCCAAAACGGCAGACUCGGCGUGGCGGGAGAGCAAAUCCAAACAGCACAACACGCUUGAUGAUGACAACGCUCAGGGAGAAGAGGUCAGAGUUAAAACAGAACCCAGCAGCCCGCUGGCGGACCCCUCUGACAUCAUACGGAUCACCGUAGGGGACAAUUUGCCCGUGAGCCUGAAAGAUUUUCAGCCUAACUUCGAAGAAGGUCCCAGGGGUUAUUUUAGUCCUUCAGCAAAAAGGAAAAUUAAACUGGAAGGAAGCUCGAACCCGUUUAAGAGAUCCAGGCUUUUAAAUGAGCACCAGUUCACGCACGAGGAUAGUGUGUCUGAUGAGGCGUCCCGCAAAUCCAACAUGGAUGACGGCACCCACGAGCCUGGGGAGCUGAGGCCCAGUAAGAUGUUCAAAUGCUGGAGCUGCUUGAAGGUGUUCAGGUCCAACGCAGGCCUCUAUCGCCACGUCAACAUGUACCACAACCCGGAGAAGCCGUAUGCGUGCGACAUCUGCCACAAACGCUUCCACACCAACUUCAAAGUGUGGACGCACUGCCAGACCCAGCACGGCGUGGUGCAGAACCCCGCUCCCUCCUCCAGCUCCUACUCAGUGCUGGAUGAGAAGUUCCAGAGGAAGCUGAUAGACAUCGUGCGCGAGCGGGAGAUCAAGAAGGCCCUUAUCGUGAAGCUGAGGCGGAACAAGCAAAGCCUGCAGUCUCAGCCCUUCACCAAGAGGAGCCGCCGCUGCAGGUCCUACGGCUGCCCGUACUGCAGGAAGAUGUUCUUCAUCCAGUCGCAUUUCAAGCUGCACAUGAAGAGCCACACCGCAGAGAGGGCCAGCGUGGACGCGCGGGAGGACGGCGGAGGCGGCGGCCUCCACGAAAGACCGGUCCAGGCUGGCCACGUCCGUGAGAAGCAGAGCAAGGACGCCUUUCCCUGCAGGUUGUGCAGCGAGAAGCUGGCAUCGCUCGGCGAGCUGGAGAGUCACGAGCGGGCGUGCAGGUACGCCACGGUCUGCCCCUACUGCGGCCUGCGCUUCUCCAACGCACUGGUGAAGAAGGACCACGAGGCCCACUGCAAGUACAAGAAGCUCACCUGCCUGGAGUGCAUGCGCACCUUCAAAUCCUCCUUCAGCAUAUGGCGUCACCAAGUUGAGGUGCACAACCAGAACUUGAUGACCGGCGGGGAGCAGCUGACCGCCUGGCAGCAGGACGCGGACCAGGAGACGGUGGAGCCCCCUGUGGCCCCGCCCGCCUCUAAACAACCGGCGGGACACUCCGACAACAGGGAAGAAGCAGCCUACAGUGACUCCUCAGCUCCCCCCACCUUUGACUCGGAGGAUUCGUCGUCUUAUGUUCCCGAGGACCUGAGCUCUGGGCAGGGUGAGCUGAGGGUGAAGGAGGAGCCGCAGGAGGAGGCCGUAGCGGACAGGGUGCAGCCGGCCGUGGAGAGCGCGGCCACGGAAGAGGUGGGCGUGUGGCCGUGUGAGAAGUGCGGCAAGCUCUUCAGCUCCCACAAAGACCUGGAGCGGCACCAGGAGCUGCUGUGCCACAUCAAGCCGUUCAUAUGUCACAUCUGCCACAAAGCCUUCCGCACCAACUUCCGCCUCUGGAGCCACUACCAGUCCCAUGUGGGCUCCUCGGAAGACCCGGGGUCCAGAACCUUGGACAGGCAGCCGUCCUCCCCUUCGCCCUCCCCACCUCUCACCAUCGUCGUCCCGGAACCGCCGGCCUCCCGAGCGCCCCCUCCGAAAGCGGGCCAGACGGGGUUGACCACAGAGGAGGAGGAGCGCGGGGGCUCUGCGUCUCCGCCGUCUGUCCCCGCGAGGCCGGAGUCGGAAAGGCGCGAGAACCGAGGUGGGGAGCAAGCUCUAGCCAAGCCGGACGGCGCGGAGAAGCCGGUGAGUGCUCAGGAAUCGGACACGCUGUUCUACCACGCACCCACGUUGUCUGCCCUCACCUUCAAAAGGCAGUACAUGUGCAAGCUCUGCCACAGGACCUUUAAAACGGCCUUCAGCCUGUGGAGUCAUGAGCAGAGCCACAGUCACUCGUGAGCACGCUCAGUGGAGUCUUCACGUGUGCUUAGGGACCCAGCGGAGCUUACAGGUCCUGGCUGAAGCUUCCACCGUGUAUUUCUGCUGAGUGGAGGUGGUGUUCGUGACGUAUCUCAGAGUGCUGAUUUGAGAUCAGCAUUUGUGAGUGAAAUCCCCAUAAACAGGACUAAAAUCUGAUCCUGGGCAGCAGGAACAUAUUAACACUCCAAUGCUAGUCAAGGCCAGAAGGCGAUGGAAUUUGAUUCGUUCACACGGUAGACUCAGUUACACCUAAGACCAUAUCACUUACUAUAUGUAGUAAUACCUGAAUAGAAAUUAAUUUUCUAAAGAGAAAUGCUCCACUUUGUGUACACUCAUAUAAACAUACAUCCCACCUAAAUGUUUUUCAGAUUUUGAAACAGUUUGGAGAGACUUUCUCUCAGAAUUGGACCUUCUCCAAAAAGUAUGGGUCUUGUUAAGAACUUGCAAUAAGUCUGUAAGUCUGUGUUUUUGUGUAGGAUGUACAGAAAUGACCUCCACCCUCUCCUGGUAGUUUUCUUCCUCAUUCUGUUGACUAACACUUAAAUAAUUCAGAACUGUCUGUACUUCUUAUCAAAAAUAUGUUCAACUCAAAGACCACUGUUCUCAGAGGUAGUUGACCCCAGUAAAGGAUUUUUUGCCAUUCUGUUAUUGUAAUGUACUAAUGUGUAUUACAGUGUUUCUCCUGGACAUUGUGUCUCUACAGUCCUCAACCCAUUUGAAAUGAAAUGGACAAAAGUCUAACUGCACCCAGUGGUGCAGAUGUGAUCCUUCCCUGAUCAUUUGCACCAGAGUACUAACUUUUUUUUUUUUUUUUUUUAAACACUAUAGUAAUUCCUCAGUGAUUUGGGUUGCCUUAUUGCAUUAUAAAAAUUAAUAAAAACAUUUCCAUUGUAUCCCUUAUCUCAUCAUAUUUAAGUUCUCUUUUGCAUGGAAUAUGAGGUUUGUUUUGGUUUUCUUCAUUUUUUUAAUUUUAGAAAUGUAUCCUUGUCACUAAAUGCUGCAUGUGUUGAGGCUUUUGUUUGAGUCGAUGUAAGUAUUGCAAAUACGAUGGCAAAUGCAUAUUAUUAGUUUUAUUGAGAUUACUAUAAAUCUGUGCACAUUUACUAAUGUAACCAAACCUUGUAUUCAUUAUAUCUGAAUUUCUCGUUGCAAAGACCUCUCUGUUUAACUAUCUUCAAAAAGCUGUGCUCUUUGACACUAUAGACAUUGAGAUUGGUGAAUUAUACUGUACUGAACAAACAGAACACUUUUUAUAUAUAUAUAUAUAUAUAUAU